AUGAUCGAACUCGGCCUAUUCCGCAUUACUCGCCUCCUCCAGCAUACCCCCCAGACCUGGAAGGCCAUCCACGUCGCCGGCACCAAUGGGAAAGGCUCGACAUGCGCCUACCUCUCUGCUAUGAUACAUGCCGCCGGGAGGUCGUGUGGGAGAUUCAACUCGCCCCACUUCAUCGACCGGUGGGACUGUGUUACCAUCAACGAGAAGCCCGUGUCAGAAAAACUCUUCCUAGACGCAGAGAGACUAGUCAAGGAGAGAGAUGAGAAGGAGCAGAUCGGGGCCUCCGAGUUCGAGCUGCUCACCGCCACCGCCUUUGAGAUUCUCAACAGCGCAGAUGUGGAGUUUGGCGUAAUCGAGGUCGGGAUGGGCGGUGCUCUGGAUGCCACCAACGCCCUCAAGCACAAGGCGGUCACGGUCAUUACCAAGAUCGGCCUAGACCACCAGUUCAUCCUCGGCAAUACCAUUGAGGAAAUUGCUGUCCAGAAGGCCGGCAUCAUGCGGGGCGAGGUCCCUUGUGUCGUGGACGAGAGCAACCAGCCCUCUGUGCUGCGUGCCAUUGAGGAGCAUGCGAAGGCCGCGGGGGCCCGCAUCGUCUACGCGUCUCCAUCACCAGCGGAGGCGGCGCUGUUGGCCUCGGAGGGCUUCGAGCCUCAUCAAGCCCAGAAUCUCGUGAGUGCCCUCCAAGCUUACCACCUGGCCUGUCCAAAGGAGCAGUCUACUUCGCUCGGAGAGAUCCUCCUCACUGCCAAGCAAGCCCACAUUCCAGGGCGGCUGCAGAGAUUCGAUGGGGAUGGGACCAAGAUGCUUCUCGAUGGUGCACAUAAUGUACAGUCGGCAGAGGUGCUGGCGCACUACGUAAACCGUCAGAUGCGCGGCGAUGAUGGACAACAGCCUGUGACCUGGGUGCUCGCAGCCUCUGCAGGGAAAGAUGUCAGUGGAAUACUGGAGGUCCUGAUCAGGCCGAGUGACCUCGUUACUGCCGUGCGGUUUGGACCGGUUGCUGGCAUGCCGUGGGUGAGGCCGCAAGAUCCAAAGAAUAUUAUGGCUGUCGCGGCAAGAUUUGGAGCCACGACUUUCGAAAGUGAGGAUGAUUCCCAGGACAAUAUAGGAAAAGUAGUGCUGGAGGCAGCGCCCUGCAAAGGGCAGCCUGUGGUGGUAGCUGGAAGCUUGUAUCUGGUCUCUGACCUGUUGCGGUACAUGCGCAGUAGAGACUUAAAUUCGAGCCCUCCCCCUCCAACUUGA